AUGGCAUUUGCAAAGUUUCUUACUCAAAUUAUUAAAUUAAAGACACAUUUCCCUGAUUAUACUAUCAAGAGAGUGAGACUUGAUAAUGCUAGUGAAUUUACUUCACAAGCAUUUAAUGACUAUUGUAUGUCUGUAGGAAUUGUUGUUGAGCAUCCAAUUGCUCAUGUACACACACAAAAUGGUUUAGUUGAAUCACUGAUUAAACGUCUCCAACUAAUAGCUAGACCAUUGAUAAUGAGAACCAAACUUCAUCUUACUUUUGGUCAAGAGCCAAAUAUAUCCCAUUUGAGAAUUUUUGAGUGUGCAGUAUAUGUCCCCAUUGCACCACCAAAAAGUACAAAAAUGGGUCGUCAAAGAAGGUUGGGAAUAUAUGUUGGUUUUGAGUUAGUCUCUAUUAUAAGAUAUCUUGAACCUUUAACAGGUGAUGUUUUUACAACACACCUAGUUGAUUGCCAAUUUGAUGAGGAAAAUUUCCCAUCAUUAGGGGGAGAAAAGAAGAUUACAGAAAAGGAUGUUUCAUGGCAUGAGCCUUCUUUAUCAUAUAUUGACACUCACACAAAAUAA